AUGUCGAGUUAUCCAUCGUCACCCGCACCUUCGCCAGGCUCGCCAGCCUAUCGCAAAGGUGUCGCAUUCGGUCAACCAGGUUGGCGUGCCUCCCGUGUCUCUCGAGGUCGUCCAAGUCUCGUGGAUUCGCCUCUGCAUAGAGGCGCUGCUUCAUCGCCUGUCCCUGGCGCAACACCCUCCACGCUGCCCGGUUCUCCCCUCGUUCGCACCGCUCCCCGUCUGAGCAGCCAGCGACCGUAUGCAUCCAGCUCGUCGACCACCCUAGAUCGUGCAUGUCGGGAUGCAAGUCUAGGACCAGAUGACGGACAGACACCGAGCGAUGAUGUGGCAACACCAUCACCCGCUCCUAGCACAAGAACACGUAAACGCUUCGUUCGCAAGCGACCGCUUCUCGAACGCAUCCAGCAGUGGCCUGUCGACGUAUACUACCGCCUCACGUCUUCUGUGCUCGACAUUGAGGAGCAGCUCUUUGCCGAUCAAGCCGGCAAUGUUCUCGGAAUCAUUCUUCAUGUCGCCUCGCUACUCGCACUUUUGCUUUCUCCCGAGUCGAGCUUGGGAUCGUGGUUUAUGAACAAGCCGGCGCACCGACGGGCGCAGAACCCUGCCAUCGCUUACGAAUACCUCGUCGGCCACACAGGCGACGAGUACGCCAUGGCCGACGCGCUCAAGCGCCAUGCUCGCAAGAGUGCCGUCUACCAAGCUUCCGAUCGCUUCUUCCGAUUCGCGUCCAGUACCAUCUUUGCCGUCGUCUUUGUUACAAGCUGCGUUAACGCCUACAUCUUUUUCACCAAACGACGAACAUACAAAUUCUACUCGAAACCCAAGCCACACGAGCCGACCAGCUCCAGCGUAGUUUCGAAACAUGGUAUCCGCCAGCUGUCUAUGUGGGAUCCAAGCGCGUACACGGCCAACCUGUUCGCCACGUUCUCACCUGCUCACGCCGUCAUCUACCCCGCAGCUGCACUCAUCCAAAUGGGCCCUUUUUCGUGGUUUGUGUUUGCACUUCUGCUGCUGGCUGUCUCGGCACCGGUUCAUCUCAUCCUCUAUCAGUACCAGCAGCUCGUCAAGGACAAGGGAGUCGUGCAGGCUGCAGUGCUCACCGAGUACAAUGAGAAGUACGUAUAUCCACGCGCUACUCCUGUCGUCCGCGAUCAGACCACUCAAACGGAUCUUUAG